GUAAUAAGUGAACUCUGAGCUCAUGUGUUUGUGACUCUUCACCUCUGUCUCCUCUCACAGGGAGAAGAUGAUCUGCAGCAUCCUGCUGCUCAUCAUCCUGACCUCCUGUGUCUCUGGAACAUUUGUAGUGAAUGUGACCCAGACCUCCUAUCAGGCAGAGGAGAACCACGACAUCACACUGGAGUGGACCUUCACAACCAACCCUCACAGUUCCUCCAACUCUCUUAAUAUCUUCUGUCAACUGUUAACUGAUAUCAAGAAUCCAGUCCUGUUUCGUCUCCAUGGAGGAGUUGAGGUCCCAGAGUCUCAGGAUGAACAGUUUGCAGGACGAGUCCAGUGGGACAAAGACGUCCUCAGAGAAGGACGACUCAGACUUCAUGUGUCCGGACUCAGGACUAAUGAUUCGGGCCUGUACCUGUGUGAUGUGCUCACAGAUUAUGGGAAAAACUUUGCCAGAUGUCUGCUCAAUGUCACUUCAGCUUCUGAUGAGCCCAAAGCUCAGAGACCAACAGUGAGUCCAGCCCCAGAGAGUCUGAAAAGGAUUGACCUCUACGUUGGACUGACAGCAGCAGCAGCUAUAGCAGCUCUACUGGCUGUUUGUGCCAAACGCCUCUUUGUCUUAAGUCUUGCUUUUGAUAAAUCUACUGUUAUGAAAAGAAACAUGUAUUCAGCCGUACAGAUGUCGAGUUUAUCAGAGAAAGGAGCCAUCAGGACUAACAGCACUCAGUCUGGAGGACCCUCUUUAAAUGAGUCAUCAGAGCAUAAAGUCACAGUCAUAAAAACUAAAUCAGACUCCUAGAGUCUC